GUGUUAUUUGGCUUCAUUUUGCCCGGAGUUCAACAAGGAAAAGUGAUUCACUAUUGUCGAGUAGUGGAAUUUGUUUACAUUUUUAACAUUUUCAUUAAUCUAACACAUAGUUAUUGUUUAAAGUUUAUUCUUUCGUUUUAGAAAAGUGUUGUUGUAUGUCACAACUUUCUCUGAAUGUUCUUUGGUCUUCAAAUUUACUGAUUGCUGUGUAAAACUGGAAAUUAAUUAUGAGGGGUGUUCUCAAAGACGGUGAUGUGUUUCUAUAACAAUGGCAAACAUGAAGAAUCAAAAUGUCAGUGGAUAUCCUUUACAGGGCCAAGAGAAUGUUUUUGUAGGAUAUGGUAAACAUCAGUUAAAUGUCAGUGUAUCGGAAAAUAAACCACCUAUACCAGUUGGAAUGAAUAACGCAACAUCUCAUAUGUUAAAAAUGUUUGAUAAUAAUGUUAAUCAGAUGCUGCAUGUGCAGCCACAACCACAGCUACAGACUAUACAAGGUCGUGAGAUCAUGAUCGGCGGACAGAAACAUGCUGGGCCAGGUAUUACAAGUCAAAUUCAUAGCCAGGGCAGUUUUAUUACAAUCAACGGAACUCACAAUCCAAUUAAUGGUGGUUCAGAAUAUUCAAGUCCGAGGUCAAGUGUAGGAAGUGCCGGAGAUUCUAAGAAUUCAAGUCCUCGAUCAAGUUUAAUACAUCCUUCACAACAGGCACCACCACCCCCAUAUGAUGCAAGAUUUAGGAAUAGUAUUGCUAGCAAUUUGUCUAGUAUAAGUCUUGAUUCAAAUAGGAGUUCUCCAAGAACAAGUUUAGCUGGAGGAAUUAUAUAUGACAGAUUUCCAAGUCCGAGAAACUCUGUUGUUUUUCCACAAGAUGGCGGAAAUAUUAAUAUGAAUAUUACUCAUCAAAGUUUAACUAAUCGCAAUAGAUUUAAUGAAGCAGCGCCACCAUUUCAGAGUUACAUUGUGCGUCCUCCAGUUAUGAAUGGUCAGAUAUUAAUAAAUCCAGCUGCAGGAACAGUUAAUGUUCAUCAUGUUCCAAUCACCCAGAAUGGGAAUGUUCAAGCUAUGGUAGCAAAUACCACCCAUCUAAAAUCAAGGACUAAUACGUCUCAAGUGUCUCCACCUCCUGCAAUUCCAGCCAGAGUGCCAAAAAAUCAACCCGGAAUUCCACAGUCUCAGUCAGAGUCAGAAAUAGCUGCUCUGACGAAAAAGCUAGAGCAGGAUCUGCUUAUUUCAAUGAGCCCAUCUUCAUCCCCACUUCCCCGUGAACCUCCACCCCCAUAUCAUGGGCCGCAUAAAACCGAACCUAUGCCAGGUCUUCCACCGAGAAAUACAACACCUAGUUCGGCAAAUCGUACAAAUACACAAGUUCACAUAGUUGGCGGAAAUGUCCCAAGGACACAGUCCUCAUCAUCAGUGCAUCCAUCAGUUGUUAGUAAAUUGCAGUAUCAAGUAACACCACCAAAACCAAAGGGACCAACAGAGGCAGAGCUGAAGUUAAAUGCUCUAACACAACAACUUGAAGAUGAAAUGGAAUCAUCUGCCCAAGGGGAAUAUUUUGGUCAGUGUUUCAAGUGUUCAGAAAAAGUAACGGGUGCCAAUGAUGCCUGCCAAGCCAUGGGGCAUAUAUACCACACAAAGUGUUUCACUUGCUGUUCAUGUGGUCGAACGUUACGAGGGAAGGCAUUUUACAAUGUACAUGGGAAGGUGUAUUGUGAAGAAGAUUAUUUAUAUUCGGGUUUUCAACAGACAGCGGAGAAGUGUGUGAUCUGUGGACAUCUGAUAAUGGAUAUGAUUCUGCAGGCAAUGGGAAAGUCAUAUCAUCCUGGUUGUUUCCGAUGUUGUAUGUGUAAUGAAUGUCUCGACGGUGUACCAUUUACAGUCGACAUGGAAAACAAAGUUUACUGUGUCGCAGAUUUUCACAGGGUAUUUGCGCCGAAAUGUGCGGCAUGUGGCCAAGCCAUUACACCAGUUGAGGGAACAGAGGAAACCGUACGUGUUGUCUCAAUGGAGAAAAAUUUCCAUGUGGAUUGUUAUCAUUGUGAGGACUGCGGUAUUCAGUUGACGGAUGAGCCAGACAAACGGUGUUAUCCACUGGAUGAGCAUUUGUAUUGUCACAUGUGUCAUAUCAAACGUCUCCAUCUCGAGUACCCGGACGAGCAGUUUUAUAUUGACCCAUACACGUUCAAUAUACUGAACAAAACUUCAGGAAAUCAGAGGGAUAGCAUCGCUAUCAUGCCUGCCCCGGUCUCGGCUUAUCCAAACAACAGUAUGCUUCAAAUGACAGGCUGUCAAUCACAUGUCUCGGGAGGCGGUAUGGCCCCGCCUCUUCCAUCGUCAUUGAAUGAAGCUCCGCCCCCAGUUCCGCCUCACAGGAAAAUAAUGGCGAAUGGUUACGAUUCUUCUAGUCUGUAUGCAAAUAAACCCAUGCCCCAGGUACCCCCAGGAGCACAUAACGGAAUGAAGAAAACUAUAACAGACUUGUGAUAUGUUGUUAAGUGAAUCAGUCGUGUUAAUUUUGUUGCUUCAUUUUUUUUUAACGAAAGUCAUUGACACUUGUUUUUGUUUUUCAAAGUGCUUGUUUUUUGCGUUAUUUAUAGUAAUUCACUUGCAAUACCAUUCAUGACAUUUUUUGUUGAUUUUAUAUUUUGUGUUGAAGGGUAAAGUAUGACUGCCGAAAAUACAAUACAAGGGUUAUAAGGUGCAAUUAAAAUCAUUGAAAAAGUGCA